AUGUGGUGUAAUAUAAUAUCGAAUCGUGAUGGGCGGGGGAGGUGCAAGAUUGUUGGUGUUAUGAUUCGUUCAUUAGCAGUGCUAUCUAGCGUUGUUGUAGGUUGUAGUCAAGUCAGUGUAACAUGGUGUAAUAUCAUCAAGAUGAAAAAGAACAACAAGAAAGAUACCAACUUUGGAAUCAUAUCCUCUUCCUCUUCUUCUUCAUCUUCCUCCUCCUCAACAAUUGAACAUCAAGAGGUGGAUUGUAACAACAUCAAUAACAAUCAUUCAUUCAAUUCGUUACCCUCUGAACUGUUAGUAACUAUCUUUUCAUUAUUAGAUCAAGAUGAUCUUGGAAGAAUAUGUGUAACAAGUAAAUUCUUUUUGAAACAUACCAAUAUCCAAGUAGACUUUAAACAAAUAUUAAAGUUGAGGUCAUCGACAUUGGACAAUUGGAAAAAUGGAAAGUUCAAAUGUACAACACUUAAAGGUCAUUCUGAACCAAUCUCUACUUUAAUAUUUAAUGGUGAUUAUAUUAUUUCAAGUUCUUAUGAUAAUACUAUAAAAGUUUGGGAUUAUAAUAAUAUUAUUAAACACCAACAAAAUGGUAAUGGUAAUAAUAAUAAUAAUAAUGUAAUUGAAUGUAAAUAUAGUAUAAAAGGAACAGCUGAACAAAUGCAAGUUGACAAUUCAAACAAGAGAGUGAUUUAUGGUACAAAAGAUGGGUUCCUUAAAAUACUUGAUCUAGAGACUGGACAAGUUCCACACUCUGAAAAGGUUCAUUACGGGUUUGUCAGUGCUCUAAAGGGUAAUCACAACUCUCGAUUAUUUGCAAGUGGCUCAAAAGACAAAUGUAUUAAAAUUUGGGAUGUUCCAAGUCGACAGACUAGAGAUGGAGAGGAAUCAUCAACCUCGACCGAUACAUAUACACCAUGGAUGACACAUCUUUCAACGAUUCCAUUACCAAUUAGUGUUGGUGCAGUUGUCAAUAUAGAAUGGAAUCAACAAAACAAACAUCAUAUUGUGACGGCUGGACCCAAGGAUCUGUACAUGUUGGAUAUCUCAACGGGUCAGGUAAUCCAAACAUUCUCUGGACACUCUAGUAUCAAUUGUUUCGAAGUUAGAGAUAAUUAUAUUGUUAGUGGUGGUGAUAGUCUUAAAGUUUGGGAUAUUAGAAAUCAUCAUCAUAAUCAACCAAUCUCAACACCUGUUCAUCAAGACUCUAAAAUUUAUUGUUUAAAAUUUGAACCAAGGAUUAACUCUAUUAUUACUGGAUCGAUGGAUAAGACCAUUAGAAUGUACAAUCUAGCAACUGGAGAAUUACAACAAACUUUAAAAACACAUCAAGAGUCUAUUACACAACUACAUCUAGACACCCACCAUAUUGUCAGUGCAUCUUUAGAUUCAGAUAUUAUUGUUUGGAAUACUUUAUUUAAUCAACAACAAAGUGUAUUUGGAACUCAACCCCAAACUACAUCCACAUCAUCUUCAUCAACACCAAUCAACUCUACGCACCUUAAAGGUCACCAAAGUAUGAUCAGGUGUCUCCACGUCGACGAAUCCAAAAUUAUAUCUGGAUCAAACGAUCAUACCAUUAAAAUUUGGGAUUUUAACGCAUCAUCAUCCCAACAAAAGGACAAUUCAACAAAAUCAAUUUGUAAAAUAAUUUUAGUAGUAGUAAAUUCUUCUCCAUCUUUAUCAUCAUCAUCCACUUCCAAUCAUCAUCAUCAUUCAAGUUAUCAAAAUAAUAAUAAUAGUAAUAAUAUGAAUAGUAGUAGUAGUAGUAGUAAUAAUAGUAGUAAUAAUAAAGAUACAAUGAAUGGAGUAUCAUCGCCGCAACUACAAAAUGAUUAUCACAAGUUUCAUUGUGUUGCUGGAUCAACACCAUUUGUAAAGUCACAAGAUGAAAAGGGUAAAGUGUUCAAGGAAGCAACCAAAAGAGAAAAGGAAUUCUAUGAGAUGUUGCAGAACAAAUCACCAAAAUCACCAUUGAUACAACUCAUACCCAAAUACUAUGGACAACAUACUACCAACGACAAGGACUAUAUAAUAAUACAAGAUUUGACACAUGGAUUUAGUAAACCUUGUAUCAUUGACAUUAAACUUGGACUUACCCAUCACGACGUGGAUCUCAACGCCCUCAUUCCCAAAGAAAUGACAGACAUGUCAACCACCAUCUCCAACUAUGAAAUGAUCAAUAUUCUCAAACAACAUACUCAAAUGUGUCCUCAAAAAAAGUCUUGGUUAAAAUCAAAAUAUAUUACUACUCCAUUACUUGGUUUUUGUUUAUGUGGUUAUCAGAAAUAUAAUUAUUCAAAAAAAGAAACGGAAAAAACAACCAAAGAACAAGGAAGAUAUUUAAAUACAUCGACGAUAGAGACUAGAUUAUUUGAUUUCUUUAGUCAAAAUGAUCAAUUGAAAUUAGAAUCACUUCAAUGUGUCAUCCAAAAAUUAAUAUCAUUUAAAGAUUAUUUUGAAAAUAAUCCCGAUUUUAGAUUUAGAUCAACAUCACUUUUAAUUAUUUAUGAAGGUGAUCCAAAUGUUCAAGAUACAAACAAAUGCGAAUUAAAAUUAAUUGAUUUUGCACAUGCCACUCCUUAUCCCAAACACAUUCAACCCUAUGGAUCACAAUUAUCAAACUAUUCACCACCAGAUGACACUGAUAGCGAAGAGGAAGAGGAAGGAGAUGAAGUAAACCGUGCUCGAAAUGACAACAACAACAAUAGCGAUCAAAUGGUUGAAUCAAAUAUCAACGACAAUGAUAGUGUAGACUCUCCAGUUCCAAUAUAUAAAUCAAAUUCUUUCUUUCCAGUUGAUGGAGGAUAUUUUAAUAAUAAUAAUAAUAAUAAUAUUAACCACCCGCCAAAAUUUAUUUCUUCCAUCAAUGAUGGUUGGUCAAAUAAUAUAAUUUAA